AUGUCAUCCAUAUUGAGACCCGUGGCUAAGCUCACGGAAAAGGUGGCAGCUUUGAACGAGAAAUAUCUGUCGCUUUCAUUCGAAGAGCAGAAGAACAUGUCAUUCGUGGAAAGAGUCAAGGUGUACAAUUGGACUUUCGAAUUGAUUUCAUUGUCGAUAAUUGGGCUGAUCUUUCUUGCGUACAAGUACGGUGUUUCCGUGAAUGAAAGCCGUGCCAAGAGGUUAUUUGGGUCGUUGAAUGGGUUUCUGCAGGACGAUUUACAAUUUGCUCGAGUGGGAUUCUCGAAAGGAGACGGCUCCAAGACGCCUUACGUUGAGGAGCGUCAGAAAACCUGGUUUUCAACGUUUGCUACUGGGCGCUCGGCUAUUGAGAGCGUGAGCGUCAGAGUGCACAUGUUCUCUCGCAGCAAUCCUGUUGCCAUGUUGGUGGAGAGCCUGUUAGGGCUUGCUUUCCCGUCGUUUGUGGUUCAGGAUAUUGCUGAACACUGUGAGGUUGUCAUCAAGCCCAAUGGUGUGUUUGUGAAUAGCGAGAAUGCCAAGCCAAAUGCGGAUGCGAAAGAGGUGGUCGGUAGGUUCAAGUUCAUUAGCGCUGUCGUUAACAAAUCUUCAAUGAACGAGCUGCGCCGUGAUAGCUACUAUUUGUCGCUUACUCGCACGUCUGAGAGCGACAAGUUGCCUGUGGAAUAUGUGUUUAUGUCGGAAACCAACCAGUUGAACGGCUUCAUCACACAUUACACUGAUGAAAACUUCCGGAAUUUGUUGAAAAAAGCUGGCAAAUUUUUGCAGUGUAUCUGCUUCACAGAUUUGCCUGCUAAGAGACCACUUACUGACAAGCUAUGGGAGGCUGCCCAGCAGCCCCGUGCUGUCAUUCGUACCAAGGUUCCAACAAAUGACCAAGAAGUGGCCCUCUUGAAGCAGAUAAUCAGCUCAGUGGUUGAGAUCGUCGAUACCGUUACGCGCGAAAUGGUCCAGAAAUCUCCACAAGUGUUCAUCACCAGCGAAGUCCUGAGAAAAUCAAACCAAUUGCGUACCCAAGAGCUAGCCAAAGUCGUGAAGGCGAUGCAACAAGUCGAGAGGGAAAUGGCUCAGGAAAAGAAGCAGGAGGCCGAGAAGGAGAGAAGACGUCAGUUGAAGGCUUCCGGUCAACAGGAAAAGCUAGAUCAAAAGAUGAAGGAGAAAAGAGAAAGACGUUUGAGAAACAAGCAGAAAGUCAGAAUGUGA